ACAACAAAGUUUACCAGUGCUUUAGAUAUACCUGUGGAGUUUGUUAAAAAGAACGUGAAAUUGAGGGGAAAAUUCCAUCGCAUAACUGAGACAGGCCUGGAAGUUGAACACGUUCCCAUCAGCAUUCCAUUCCUUACAGCAAUACAGAGAAAGUGGCAAUCAAAAGGUCUUCUGCUGGUGAGACUUGCUGGAGUGGAGCUGGCUCCGAGCGGCAGGGCCUGGCUACAGCAGGAGCUGAAACCCAAACAGAUGCUGUGGUUCCAGCUUCUCGGGAGGGAGGACUUGGCACUCGAGUGCCUUGUGCUCGUCAAUAAGGGUAGAUUUCUCAGCAUGUGCUUAAACGAGGAGGUCUUGAGACAAGGGCUGGGCAGAGCGGCACGGGUGGAAGGACUGCAGCACGAUUCCCGCCUCUACUGGAAGCUUCACAGAAGACUCCUUCGAGCAGAGCUAAAGGCCUUGAAGAACCGGAAAGGAAUAUGGAAAGAGGAAAGCUACUCUGAAGGAACUAGAGAUCGUAUAAGCAACAAUAGAUUUGUACAGACCUUGAAACAAUUU